AUGGUCUCUCAAGUUAUCGUGGUAGCUGGUAUCGGCAACGGUUCUGGAACUGGCGGUGCCGUUGCUCGGCGCUUUGCUCAAGAAGGAUAUGCAGUGGCUCUGGUCUCGCGCGGGGAAACAGCUCUGAAUGCGCUUGCUUCGAGCAUAGUCUCAUCUGGAGGCAAGGCUGAAGCCUUCGCUGUUUCAGAGUACAGCGGCGACCAAAUAACCGCCGCCUUCGCCGCCGUCCAGGCCCGUUUCCCCGCCCCUCAAUUCGCCAUUUCUGUCGCUGUUUUCAAUGCAGGCCACGGCACGUGGAAGCCUUUCCUGCAAGUGACCCCGGACGACAUUCGCGAGUCCAACAAAGUGAACAUCGAGGCGUCCUUUGCCUUCGCACGUGCCGCAAUUCUGGCUUUUCAGACCAACACCCCCACGGGCAACAACGGCAAGGGGACGCUCAUCUUUACUGGCGCCACAGCCAGUUUGAGGGGGAACGUGACGACCAGUGCAUUUGCGUCGGGUAAAUUUGCGGUCCGCGCGCUGUCGCAGAGUCUGGCGAAGGAGUUUGGGAAGGAAGAUAUCCAUGUCGCUCACGCUAUCAUCGAUGGAGGAAUCGCGACGGGUAAUACUCGUGGGGACAGAAACACGCCUCCGAGUGGGCCAGUGGAGAACCCCAAGCCGGCUGGCCUGCUCAGCCCUGACAGUAUCGCCAAUUCGUACCUCUACCUGGUCAACCAAGACCGGUCAUCGUGGACUUGGGAGAUCGACCUUAGACCUGCACAUGAAAAGUGGUAG